UUGAAAGAAUUGAUUUGACAGUUGACACUGUUUGAUUUAUUUUAUUAUUUAAAUCUUAGCUUACCUUGUGAAAAAAAUAAAUGAUAAAUGUUAUGUUAUUGACGAUUGAACAUAAAUAGAAAUUGUUCCUAAAAUUUGAUCAAUAUCAAGUGAUUAUAUAAUAGAAAUAAACUUUGGUCAAUAUGUCAAUAUUGAGGAGGUUAUCAAAAGUAUUGCAUACUUUUGCAUUAAAUCAAACUUCCAAAAAUUUAAAUAAACGCCCAAUAAUAGAAGUUCUGAGAACAAAUAAAACUUUUAGUGGUUCAAUAAAAUUACCGAAAACAAAGGAUAAAGAACCAGGGGAAGUUAUAAAAUGGGUGUUAUUGAUGAUUCCUGUAACAUCAUUUGGUUUGGGCUGUUGGCAAGUGUAUAGGUUACAAUGGAAACUAGAGUUAAUUGAUAUGUUGCAAGCAAAAUGCAACGCUCCACCUGUUGAAAUACCAGAAAAUUUUGAUGUACUUGAGAGUAUGGAAUACAGGCCUGUCAAAGUAAAAGGCGAGUUUCUACAUGACAAAGAAAUCUUAAUUGGGCCGAGAGCACUUAUUGAAAAUGAUGCGUAUCUUCCUCGUAGCGGUUCCCUUAUAUCAGAUCCCAAGAAAAACCAGGGUUGGUUUGUAUUAACACCCUUCAGAUUAUCUGAUAGUGGGAAAAUUAUAAUAAUAAACAGAGGGUGGAUACCACAGGCUUUGCGUCCUAAGGAAAAACGAAAGGCCUCUAUGGUUACUGGUGAAGUUGAGUUGACUGGCUUAGUACGUCUCACUGAAUCCAGGGGUCCAUUUAUGCCAAAAAAUAAUCCAGAAAAAGGCUCCUGGCUCUACAGAGAUUUGGAUCAAAUCAGCACAUAUCUUGGCUGCGAACCUGUCUGGUUGGAUGCAAAAGGAAUACCUGAUCCACCGGAGGGUUGGCCCUUACCGAACCAGACCAGAGUCACAAUGAGGAAUGAGCAUUUAUCGUACCUUAUCACUUGGUAUUUGCUGUCAGCUUUCACAGGAGUGAUGUGGCAUCGAUUCUUUAUUAGAAAGCUACCUCUAGUAUGAAAUAUGUAAAUUAUCCAAAGUGCAUUGUAGAUUUUUAGUUAAGCUAAAGUAUAACAAUAUGAAUAUAUAGAUUUAAAUUAA